UGAAUUCCUCCUCCAAGUGGACGCCAAGGGACACUCCGGACAAACUGGCGAGCAGUUGAUGACCAGCCACAGUACCUCUGCUGUGUGCUGCUGCCGCCAUCUGUGGUGCUGCUGGUGUGUAUAGAGGGAAGAUGGCAUUCUGGUCACAGCUGGGGUUGCUGCUAUGGAAGAACUUCACCUGUCGGAGAAGACAGACGUUCCAGCUGCUGAUUGAAAUUGCCUGGCCCCUGUUUGUCUUCUUUAUACUAUCAUCUGUGCGGCUGUCUUUUCCACCCCACGAACAACAUGAAUGUCACUUUCCAAAUAAGGCCAUGCCUUCAGCUGGAACAUUGCCCUGGGUCCAGGGGAUUAUCUGUAAUGCCAACAAUCCAUGCUUCCGCUAUCCAACUCCUGGGGAGUCGCCAGGCAUUGUUGGAAAUUUCAACAAAUCUAUUGUUUACCGGUUGUUCUCAGAUGCCAAACGGUUGCUGCUGUACAGCCAGAAAGACACCAGCAUUAAAGAUGCACAGAAGCUAGUGGGGAAACUGCAGAAAGCUGGGAACUCUGUGUCAGCUGUGAAACUCCGGGAUUUCCUGGUUGCCAACGAGACAUUCUCUGACUUCCUCCAUCGUAAUGCUUCCAUACCAAGAUUUGCAGUGGAUGAAAUACUGAACUCUAAGAUCAAUCUCCAGCGGAUCAUUACAUCUGGCUACCAAAUGAGGGUGGAAGACCUUUGCAAUUCAACCAAGCUGUCUGAGUUUGUUAUUAUCCCAAACCCAGCGGUAGCUAUGUUCAGUGAUGCCUUGAUUUGCCUAAUGCCUAAGGAUAAACUUGCUUCUGCAGAGAAGGUGUUCCAGGCUAAUCUAGAUGUCAUGAAGCCAUUUCUGAAAGGGAUCACCUCCAAUUCCACUUUACAGGAUCUGAAAGAAGCUGCAGAGACUUUGUUGGGGAGCCUCGGAAGGCUACUGAAAGAGCUUGUGAGCAUGAAAAGUUGGAGUGACAUGAGGCAGGAAGUAUUGUUCCUGACCAACGUGAACACCACGAGUCCUUCGGCCGAAAUUUACCAAGCAGUGUCCCGGAUUGUUUGCGGCCAUCCAGAAGGAGGUGGAUUGCAAAUUAAGUCUCUCAAUUGGCUGGAAGACAGCAAUUACAAAGCCAUCUUUGGCACCAACAGCACAGAUGAAGAGGUAGCUGAUUUCUACGAUAACGCCACAACACCCUACUGCAAUGACCUCAUGAAGUCUCUGGAAUCCAGUCCACUUUCCCGCAUUAUAUGGAGAGCCCUGAAGCCUUUACUUGUAGGAAAAGUCUUAUACACGCCUGACACGCCGGCAACGAGGGCAGUGAUGGCUGAGGUAAACAAGACAUUCCAAGAGCUAGGUGUCUUCCGUGAUCUCGGAGGGAUGUGGGAAGAGAUAAGACCAAAGAUACUAACUUUCAUGGAGAAAAGCCAGGAAAUGGACGUGGUCCGGACUUUACUAAAGAACAAGGACCUCUGGCACCAGUACUUGGAAGGUUCAGACUGGACAAUUGAGGAUGUUGCCGUGUUCUUGGCAAAAUACCCAGAGGACGUUCAGCCCGUGAAUGGCUCAACCUACUCCUGGAGGGAUGCUUUCAAUGAGACAGAUCAUGCUGUUAUGGCCAUUUCCCGAUUCAUGGAAUGUGUCAAUUUGGACAAGCUGGAGCCUAUGCCAAGUGAGGUACGUCUUAUCAACAAGUCCAUGGAGCUGCUGGACCAGAGGAGAUUUUGGGCAGGCAUUGUCUUCCCUGAAAUGGCUCCUGGCAGCACAAACUUGCCUCAUCACGUCAGGUACAAGAUACGGAUGGACAUAGACAAUGUGGAAAGGACAAACAAAAUUAAGGAUGGGUUCUGGGACCCAGGUCCUCGAGCUGACCCCUUUGAAGACAUGCGCUACGUCUGGGGAGGCUUUGCUUACCUACAGGAUGUGGUGGAGCAGGCAAUCAUCCGGGCUCUAACAGGCACAGAGAAGAAAACCGGCGUCUAUGUCCAGCAGAUGCCGUACCCCUGUUACGUGGAUGACAUAUUCCUGCACGUCAUGAGUCGGUCGAUGCCCCUCUUCAUGACCCUGGCUUGGAUUUACUCUGUGGCGAUGAUCAUCAAAGGGAUCGUGUACGAGAAGGAAGCCCGGCUGAAAGAGACCAUGAGGAUCAUGGGCCUGGACAACGGCAUCCUCUGGCUCAGCUGGUUCAUCAGCAGCCUCAUCCCACUCCUCUUGAGCGCGGGAUUCCUCGUUCUGAUCCUCAAGAACGGGAACCUGCUGCCUUACAGUGAUCCCAGCGUGGUGUUUGUCUUCCUGUCGAUUUUUGCCGUGGUGACCAUCUUGCAGUGCUUCCUCAUCAGCACCUUAUUCUCCAGGGCCAACAUGGCGGCAGCUUGCGGAGGAAUCAUCUACUUCACUCUCUACUUGCCCUAUGUUCUCUGUGUUGCCUGGCAGGAUUAUGUCGGCUUCUCUCUCAAAAUAUUUGCCAGCCUGCUUUCUCCUGUAGCCUUUGGGUUUGGCUGUGAAUACAUUUCCCUGUUUGAAGAGCAGGGUGUUGGAGUCCAGUGGCAGAACAUCUUUGAGAGCCCCAUAAAAGAAGACAGCUUCAACCUGACCACUUCUUUCUACAUGAUGCUGUUGGAUACUUUGCUGUACGGGAUUAUGACUUGGUACAUUGAUUCUGUCUUCCCAGGCCAGUAUGGCAUUCCCAGACCCUGGUACUUUCCCUUCUUGAAGUCCUACUGGUGUGGUGAAAAGUACGAGCAGCAGCAGCCGCCUCCAUCUCUCCGCUCGGGGUCGUCUGAAAUCUGUAUGGAAGAAGAGCCGAGUCAUCUUAGCCUUGGCGUAUCCAUUCAGAGCCUGGUGAAGGUUUAUCGCAAUGGCAAAAAGCUGGCUGUAGAUGGCCUCACCCUGAAUUUCUAUGAAGGGCAGAUCACCUCUUUCCUGGGACACAACGGAGCUGGGAAAACAACCACGAUGUCCAUCUUGACUGGACUAUUUCCACCAACUUCUGGCACAGCUUUCAUCCUGGGCAAAGACAUCCGCUCCGAACUCAGCAGCAUUCGGCAGAAUCUGGGGGUCUGCCCUCAACACAAUGUCCUGUUCGAUGAGCGUGAUAUCGCAGCCUUGUUCAUCCGCGCAUACGCAGAAUCAAGAUCUUUUAAAAAUGGCGCCUGUGGCAUGCAGAGAAAGCUUUCUGUAGCGCUGGCCUUCGUAGGUGGCUCUAAAGUUGUCAUUCUGGAUGAGCCAACAGCGGGUGUCGAUCCUUAUUCUCGCCGAGGGAUCUGGGAGCUGCUUUUGAAAUAUCGCCAAGGCCGCACCAUCAUUCUCUCCACACAUCACAUGGACGAGGCAGACAUCCUCGGAGACCGGAUUGCUAUCAUAUCUCACGGCAAACUGUGCUGCGUCGGAUCUUCUCUGUUUCUGAAGAACCAGCUGGGUACAGGCUAUUAUCUGACCUUGGUCAAGAAAGAUGUGGACUCCUCACUAAGCUCCUGCAGAAACAGUAGCAGCACAGUGUCUUUCCUGAAAAAGGACGACAGUGUCUCCCAGAGUAGCUCCGAUGCUGGACUUGGCAGUGACCAUGAAAGUGACACUCUGACGAUUGAUGUGUCUGCAAUUUCCAAUCUCAUCAUGAAGCAUGUCCCUGAAGCGAGGCUCGUAGAGGAUAUCGGCCACGAGCUAACCUAUGUUUUGCCAUACCAAGCCGCCAAGGAGGGUGCUUUUGUGGAACUGUUUCAUGAGAUCGAUGACCGCCUCUCUGACCUGGGCAUUUCCAGUUAUGGCAUUUCUGAGACCACUCUGGAGGAGAUAUUUCUCAAAGUGGCAGAGGAUAAUGGUGUGGAUGCAGAGACCUCAGAUGGCACUUUACCUGCUAGAAGGAAUCGACAUCUCUUUGGAGACAGGCAAAGCUGCCUCCGUCCAUUCACAGAAGAUGAUGCUUUUGACCCCAAUGAUUCCGACAUAGAUCCAGAAUCCCGAGAGACGGACCUGUUAAGUGGGAUGGACGGCAAAGGAUCCUACCAGAUGAAGGGCUGGAAGCUGACUCAGCAGCAGUUUGUCGCCCUGCUCUGGAAGAGGCUGCUGAUCGCCAAGCGCAGCAGGAAGGGCUUCUUUGCACAGAUUGUUCUCCCGGCUGUGUUCGUUUGCAUUGCUCUAAUGUUCAGUCUGAUUGUGCCUCCCUUUGGUAAAUAUCCCAGCUUGGAAUUGCAACCAUGGAUGUAUGAUGAGCAGUACACAUUUGUCAGCAAUGAUGCUCCAGAAGAUGCUGGCACUCAGCAGCUUUUGAACGCUCUCCUCAGUGAACCUGGUUUUGGGACCCGCUGUAUGAAAGGACACCACAUUCUAGAUACCCCUUGUUCUGUUGGAGAAAAGGACUGGACCAUCAGUCCUGUGCCUGAGACAGUAAUGGAAAUCUUCCAGAAUGGGAACUGGACCAUGGAGAAUCCUUCCCCAUCCUGCAUGUGUAGCAAUGACAAGGCCAAAAAGAUGCUUCCUACGUGUCCUCCAGGGGCCGGUGGGCUGCCUCCUCCCCAGAGAACGCAGAACACCACAGACAUCCUUCAGAACUUAACGGGCCGCAACAUUUCUGAUUACCUGGUGAAGACAUACGUACAGAUCAUUGGGAAAGGUUUGAAGAGUAAGCACUGGGUGAAUGAAUUCAGGUAUGGAGGAUUUUCACUGGGAGCCAGUAGUUCUCUUGUGCUUCCUCCAAGUCAAGAAGUGAAUGAUGCCAUCAGACAAGUGAAGAAGAUCUUAGAACUGGCCAAGGGGAGUUCUGGAGAACGUUUUCUUAAUAGUCUAGGGAGCUUCAUGAAGGGACUGGAUACAAACAAUAACGUAAAGGUGUGGUUCAAUAACAAGGGCUGGCACGCAGUUGGCUCCUUUCUCAAUGUGAUCAACAAUGCGAUCCUCCGGGCUAACCUGCAGGAGGGAGAGAACCCCAGCACCUAUGGCAUCACAGCUUACAACCACCCACUGAACCUCACCAAGCAACAGCUGUCUGAAGUCGCCCUGAUGACCACGUCAGUGGAUGUUCUGGUCUCCAUCUGCGUCAUCUUUGCCAUGUCCUUUGUCCCGGCCAGCUUUGUGGUUUUCUUGAUCCAGGAGCGAGUCAGCAAGGCCAAGCACCUGCAGUUCAUCAGUGGGGUGAAGCCGGUUAUCUACUGGCUGGCCAACUUUGUCUGGGAUAUGUGCAACUACGUGGUUCCUGCCACUCUGGUCAUUAUCAUCUUCAUCUGCUUCCAGCAGAAGUCCUACGUGUCUUCAUCCAACCUCCCGGUGCUUGCUCUCCUCCUCUUGCUGUAUGGGUGGUCCAUAACCCCGCUCAUGUACCCAGCAUCCUUUGUGUUCAAGAUCCCUAGCACAGCGUACGUGGUGCUGACCAGCGUGAACCUCUUCAUUGGGAUCAAUGGGAGCGUGGCCACUUUUGUCCUUGAGCUUUUCACCAACAAUAAGCUGAACAACAUCAAUGACAUCCUGAAGUCGGUGUUCCUCAUCUUCCCCCACUUCUGUCUGGGCCGUGGGCUGAUCGACAUGGUGAAGAACCAAGCCAUGGCAGAUGCUCUGGAAAGGUUUGGUGAGAAUCGCUUUGUUUCCCCCCUCUCCUGGGACCUGGUGGGGCGCAACCUUUUUGCCAUGGCUGUGGAAGGUGCCGUCUUCUUCCUCAUCACAGUGCUUAUCCAGUACAGGUUCUUUAUCAAACCCAGGUAAGAUGGCCUCUGUGACAAAUGUGCCCCCAACCUGGGGAAGACAGUCAUGGAGUGGGGUGUGGCACGAGGGUUUGAAUCCUUUGAGGGAUGG